AUGCUCUCCAGUCUUCUUCUUAUUGCGGCUGCAGCUGUGGGCUCUGCCAGCGCGCAGAGCUUAAAAGUUGUGAACCAGUGUCCUGAAACAGUCUUCUUGUUCACCCAAACGAGCUUUGGAAGCAUCGCGAACAACGUCCAGGUCGCUGCCGGCGCUACUCAAGACAUGGCUAUCUCCACCGACUGGGACGGUGCCAUCAACGUCGGCUCCGGAUGUAACUCUGAUGGGACCGUCUGCACCACUGGUGGUCCAACUUGGAACGGCGCAACUCCCUUCUCGCGCGCUGAGUUCAACUUCUGGGCAAUUCCUGGCGAAGUUACGUACGACAUCAGCUUGAUCUACGGUUACAAUGUCGGCAUGGAAAUCUCAACCGGCGAUUCGACCUGUGCCGCCUUUGCGUGUGACAUUUCCUCUGGCUGUCCUGUGCCUGGACCCGCUGGACCCGCGGAAACGACGUGCUACAGUCCUUGCUGCUCCUCUGCCGCAGAUUGUGCCGGAGGUGCUCUUCCUGCUGGUGGUGGAGGUUGCGUGGACAAUGCUGGACCUGGACCUGAAUCGGAGUUCUACUACACUACGUGCCUCAACGCCUACGCUUUCCCCGACAACGACGGCGCCGCAUCCUAUACCCCGAAGGAUUUUGUUGACGAGACCUGUAGCAAUACCGACGUUACCCUGACACUCUGCGCUGGCACAACAACUUCUUUCCCUCUUCCUUAACGAUGCAUAUGCAUGACGAUGAUCUCGAUAGCACGACCUCCAUUUUAUGCAUCCAUUCUAUCCGGGCUCAUAUGUCUUCUAGGUUGUACCAGGUGACGUUUACGUGGUGAAUAC